AGAUUAGAUUGGUAGAAAUGUUUAAAUUAUUCAAAGCAAAUUUCCGUCUUCUAUUGAGUUACGCAAGCAGCAAUUGUGCAUUCUUAUCAAGUUUUUUGAAUUUUCAAUAAAAUUUUAUAAAAAAAAUGUUACGCUUUGUAGGAAAACAAAUAAAUAACACCUUAAGAAAUUCUUUAAUUCCAUAUAAUAUGGUUAUAAGACAAAAUAUUCGUGCUUCACAUGAUGGACCGCAAGAAACUGAAGAAGAAUUUAACAAACAGUAUGUGACCUAUCUGAAUCGUACAAAUCUUGAUCAUUGGGAAUUUCGUCAAGCUAUGAAUAAAUUAGCGGCUAUGGAUCUUGUACCUGAUCCAAGUAUCAUAUGUGCAGCAUUAAGAGCUUGCAGACGAUUAAAUGAUUUUGCUCUUGCUAUCAGGAUUUUGGAGAUGGUAAAGGAUAAAUGUGGAUCUAAGGUUAAAGAAAUUUAUCCUUACAUAUUACAAGAAAUCAAACCUACUUUAGAUGAAUUAGGUAUUAAUACAAUAGAAGAACUUGGUUAUGAUAAACCUGAAUUAGCACUUCAAUCAAUUGAUGAUAUACAUUAAUUAAGUUAUUUACUUAAAUUUGAUAAACAUAGUAUCUAUGCAUAGAGGUGCUUCAUGUUAGACCUUUUCAUAAAUAAACAAAAAGUCACUUUUCAAAUUAGAAUAAAAUAAUAUUUGUUGUUGAUAAUAUUUAUCAUGCUAUAUCGUAUUUGAAGAAUAUUUAUGAAUUGAAAAAAUAUAUAAAAAUAUAUAAUACAUAUAUUGUUUUUAAGAUUAUUGAAAGUAACAAAACAAAAUGAUAUGUAUAUAUUAUAUUUUAAUUUCUAUUGGUUCCUGAUGUUGUUUCUAAAUUUUUAAUAUUUUUCAAGUUUUUCUUUUUUCAUUCUUUUUACAUCAAAAGUAACCAAAGCAGAAAGGUGACACAACAAUGAUAUAUGUACAAAUUACAUUUUAAGACACAAUGAUAAAGUCAUGUACACAUACAUCUAUAAUUAUCUAAAAUGGUAUUACAUUUUUUUUGAAAUGACAUUAAACAUAAUUUAUGUUCUGUAUGAUUUGUCAUAAACAAGAACAAAAAAAUACAACAUGGUCUUACAUGGGAGUAUCAAUAUAUUACAUUUUGUAUGUAAUGGCCAUAGUUUUAAAAAACAAUAUAACAAUUAAUAUCUAGUCAUUGUGAUUUGUUCUACUGAUAAUUAUUAAAUUUAUAUUCUAUUUUCUUCUAUAAUGUUAUAAAAACCUUCUUCUUUUUUGGUAUCGUUCAUACUUGGUGUCGAGGGCAGUUUGUUGUUUCAAUGUUACGACUCUGCUCCUGACAUACAUAUUUUGAAAGAGAACAGUGUAUUAUAUAUCUACAGGAACUUCAUUUAUAAUAAAAACACAUGUACUAAAAGA